AGCUUACGUGACGGAGAGGUUUUAGCGCCGCCCCGCUCGCGUAUCGUCCCGCGAUGGACCCCGCAUUUGACGGCGUCGGCCAGGAGCCCAGGACAUGGAUCUGGCGCAUCGAGAAAUUUGAGGUGAAGCCGUACAAAGAGACCCAAUACGGCAAGUUUUACUCUGGAGACUGUUUCAUCGUUCUGAAGACCAAACUGCAAGGAGACCUACUGGUUCACGACAUCCAUUUCUGGCUUGGCAAGGAUUCCUCCCAGGAUGAAUGGGGCACUGCAGCAAUUAAGGCGGUGGAGCUGGACGACUCACUGGGCGGCCAGCCGGUCCAGCACCGGGAGGUGCAAGGCUAUGAGUCCAGGCUCUUCCUCUCCUACUUCAAGAAAGGAAUUCAGUACCUGCAGGGCGGCGUGGCCAGCGGCUUCCGCCACGUCGAUCCGGACGACUAUGACCCGGCGCUCUUCCAGGUCAAGGGCCGCCGCAAUAUCCGCGUCACUCAGGUGGAGAUGAGCGUGAAGGCAAUGAACCGCGGCGACUGCUUCAUCCUGGACACGGUCGACACCAUUUACGUGUGGGCCGGGCCCAAGAGCAGACGCACGGAGCGCCUGAAGGCCAUCCAGGCUGCCUCAGAGAUGAGGGACAACGACCACGGCGGCAAAGCCAAGAUCCACAUCCUCGACGAGUACGCCGACGGCGGCCUGUACGCCGCCUUCUUCCGGCUGCUGGGAGGCGGCAGCAACGACGACGUGCCGCUGGCGGCGACCGCCGGAGAUGACGUCGACCACGAGCGGAGCCAGAAGAGAACCGUGACCUUGUACAAGGUCAGCGAUAGCAGCAACAACACGAUCCAAAUCCAGGAGAUCGCGCAGCGGCCCCUCACCCAGGACAUGCUCAAGACGGAGCACAGCACCGCCGCGGCCCACUGA